AUGGGGAAAGAGAAGGAAAUGCUAAUAGUACAGAGAGGAGAGCGAUCCAAGCUAAAAACACAGGAUAGGACAACUUUAGGAAAUAUGGAACGGGAGAACAAGGUAAGGAAACAGGACACAAAAGAUAGACAAAAGAUAGAAAAGGCAGAAGAAGGAACUGUGGGAGAAGAACGCAAUAGAUGCGAAGGAACCAGGGAGGACAAGCAUAAGGAACAACCAGGAAGAGAAGAAAGAAUAAAGAAGCUAGAAGGAAGCAAAAAAAAACAGAGGAAGCAAAAUGGGAAGGAAGAAGGAAAGAUCGACAAGUAUGAUGAGGCAAUAGUGCAAAGAAAGUAUAGGAAAUACGCAACUAUCAGCAAGCGAGAAAUGAAUGAUAAGGAUAAAACGAAAGAAGGACGAAAGGAGAACGGAGAUAAUAUGGAAAGGAUAUAG